CAAAAGGAUGAACUAUUACCCGGAAGUACAUGGUUUGGAGUCGCAAGACUGCGCGUUUAGGACGAGCGUCGUUUCCGAUUUAGUUUAAAUAUUAAGAAUUAUGAAUGAACUUGUGCACGAAGAAUAUUAGUGUAGCAUAAAUAUAGUCAAUAUAACUUUAAUUUUUAUAGUUUACCUUAAAACUGAACUGGUUUUCUCUGCAAAUCGCGUUUGCAUGCUAGCUAGCUUAGCCUCAAACGCUAUCGUGCGUACCCCUGGUCAAAUUGAACUUGAAACGACUACGAGUUGUUUUUUUUUUAAACAAUGGACGGUUUGACAACUCCAUACGAAGAUGACUCGGUGACGGAGUUCAUGGAGUGUUCGGUAUGUGAAGUAUCCUUAAGAGGACUCAGUUUGUAUAAGAUACACUUAACGACGCCGGGACACUUAAAGGUACGAUGAUGAUGAUUGAAGCAAAUUUCAUUAUCCUUGUACAUUAGCAAUCGAGCCACAAAAGGGAGCUCAGUAAAGUCCAGAGUCUGUAUUUAGGUGCUUCUUCUGCAUUGUACUACGUCAAUGGGAAGUUUAAAGUAUAAGUAGCUGAAAGACUGAGAGCCAACAGUAUAUGUUUGAAAAUUAUAUUAAAAAAAAAAGUCAAUUGCCUUAAAAAAAUACCACGUCCUCAUGUAAACGGAUUUCAGGAAACUUGCGUUAUAAUGCUAUACAUAUGUUGACUCGCAUGGUAUUUUCUGGGAACUGGAUGUAUUACCUUUAACAUUUAUGACAAUGCAACUAUUGUUUCACAGUUAAAAGACAAUGAGCAAAGCAGGUCAAGACUAUUUACGAGUCUCCUUUACAUAUCCCAUUCAAGCUGCCAUUUCCCAACAUUUGCCCACUCUAAUCACUGAUGGCACCAACUCAAGUUUUUAGCUUUGCAGGUAGAGCCAUAGUGACAGGAACAGCAAGAAAGAGGCUUUCUGGACAUUGAUCAAUAACCAGUGACCAAGAGAUAAGGUGUUCUUCAUCUUUUCACGACAUUGCUGAACUGCUUGACUAUCAGACUUGAAGAAAUGGUGGUCUUGAUGAGCAUGUUCACGAAAGAGAAGAUUCUGUUCAGUCUUGGCAUGUGCAGCUUGCUUUCCACUCUGCAGCCAUUUGUCGCCUUGAUACCGCAAUGUACCGCUACCAAUUGACUUGAAGUGCUUCAGACUCUUGAUGUAGAACAUCAAGCCCCUACACAGGACACCUCAAAUUAUAACCCACAAGUUUUGCGACCUGUCCAGUUUCAAGGAAGCAGUCCAACCUCCAUACUCAGGUGUUCCAUUUUUGGGAGGUUCAUGACGAGUUUUGAAGCUAACACCUCUAGUCCUGGCCAACUGAGUUUUUACGCUCACAACUUUCUUCAUCUGACUCCUUGAUGUUUGUCUUGUCUUCUCUUGGACACUUCUGGGAUCCACCCCUCUCGAGUACCCGAAGGCAUCAAGCAACAUCUUGUUCUUUUAAACAAAAACGUUUCUAAGUAUGUAGGACUUGGUAAGUUUAGUCAACAAAUUCACUUUGUCUGCUCACCUUCCAAGUCAGUACAAUCGGAUUCGGUCCUCUCCCACAACCUUAUUGGCGUUCUCGCCACCACGCCUCUGCUCAACACUGAUUUUUUUUUUUAUUGCUCUCCUUUCAUCCCUGGCAGAAGGAGGAUGCUGCCGUCGCCGCUGGUCACAUGGUCCGAGAACAAAUCAUACCAAAGUUCAACGAUAUUUUACAAUACGUGGAUUACCUGAAGCUUGACGAGCCAGUGAUUGGUUUAAGCUUCUUGGAAGAGGUGCUGAGCGUGAAUGCGGAGCAUUCCAACAUUGGGCCCCGAUACACAUGCACGCUUUGUAAUAUCACCGCACACCCGCCGGAAAUUAUCCAUCAUGUGAUCGGGCGAAAACACAGGCAGAAAUAUAUUGAGACAAAGCGUCCGGAUCUGGUUUCCUGGGAUAAGCAAUCGGUGAUGAUGCUAACGGGAAAGAUAAUUCGCACCCGAGCGGAGAUCAUCGCCAGGCAGGACGGAAGCGGACGUCCCAAGACAAUGAAGAAUUUGGGACACAUCAUGACAAGAGUUCCCUCAUGGCAGAGGCAUACGGAAAACCCGCAGAAGCCCUCAGGCGCGCACCAACGCAAGCAGGAAUUCCAUGCCUCGGACCACGAUCGUUUUAGGGCAGAUCCAUCGAGCAGAGCCGCGUUCGUCCCAGCCGAGGCUCGCCCCAUGAAUGUGGCAGGAAGGGGACAGACUACAAACCCGUGGAAUCAGCAGAUGGCAAAGGCCAACGACUGGGUAAGGACUUCUAGCCAGGGAAAGGGUUUGGACCUGGACUAUCGUCUGGAUGAUUCUAGCACAGGAACAAAAAGGGUCGAGCCCUAUAGAGAGACCGAACGGGCUUGGGAUCAACCCGCAGAGAGUUACACCAACUACAAAAAGCAGGAGGCAAACAAUGGGUUUUUCACAGAGGAUGGAAGGCGCGUGUUUCUGCUUCCUGGUCUGGACUGUCAGCCCCCGCGUCAAGGGUAUCAGCCCCAGCGUUCUGAGUACCAGAUCCUGCGUCCAGAUGAUCAAACUCAGCGUCCAGAUUAUCAGGCCCAGCGUCUGGAGUACGAGACCCAGAGUCCCAUCUACCAGACCCAGCGUCUGGACUACCAGACCCAGCGUUUAGACCUCCAAACCCAGGGUCUUGACAUCCAGACCCAGCAUCCGGGCCUCCAAACCCAGGGUCCUGACAUCCAGACCCAGCGUCCAGGCUACCAGACCCAGCGUCCGGACUACCAGACCCAGCGUCUGGACUUUCAGUCCAAGAGCCCAGGCUUUCAAGGAGAUGACCUGCGGUGGUCUUCUGACAAGGGUCGAGAUGUGAGAGUUGGGACAAGUGUGUCGGAACCACCCAUGAGGAAUGUUUGCUUAUCUUCAGAGCGACCGGGUGAGCGUUUUCGAGAUUACAAUCAUGGCAUGUGUCAAGCGGAGUCCCUUCCAGCCAACCCCGCCGGCUUCCAGACCCCUCUGGAAGAUUCCAGAAGCAUGUCGGCCAUCCCGGAGCCUUUCCGCCGUUUCUUGACUGGUUCCGCAGGUGACGAUGCAUCUGGCAGACGCAAAAGAAAGAGCCGUUUCUCGGACGCGACGCCCGAGGAGGUGGCAGUGACCAACAGGAUGUUCAACGAUAGACCUCCGGACGUCAAACUCAGAUGUCCUCUGGAAUCAUCCGCCAGCGGAACGUCCCAGCAGGAUACCCGUAGACUGAUGCGGCAUCCCAAUCAAUUCUCACAAUCACAGCCAAACAGUCCCACACUCCUACAGAUGUCCUCUCAACGCUCCUUCCGGCAAGAGCCCAACUUUCGGAGAUCCAAAGAUGGUUAUGGCGAGGAAAGAAACGGAGGAGGAAGAAACUGGAGCAACUUGUGCGAUGGCCCGCACAUGUACCAGCAAGAAGUGUGCAGAGAGCCCAGCGACUUGGACGGAAACCUUUACGAAGGUUUUGGUCAGCAACAGAUGUACAUGACGCGUCAUCCGGAUGAGCGAGCGCAGUGUCCUGAACGCUUCCAAGGAGACGCUCUGCAGCAGCAGUUUCAGCAGCGUGACCUGCAGCCAUCCUCCCAAGGUGUUUUCAAUUCUCGCUCGCCGCCUUUGGACUUGGAAAGCCCCAUUGGGAUGCAUCGGAACCCUCAGUACUCCAAAAGUCUAGAAAAACUCAAAUCCACUAUCCUGGAAUUCAUGUCCAGGAAUUAGUCAUACAUUUAUUAUAGUGUACCAUGGCUGCAGUUUAAGUGGAAGCUUUAAAAUAAAAUGUCAUCUUUGUUGACUAUCCACCCAUCCAUUUUCUGUACUGCAUCUCUUCUUUAUGGUUGCGGGAGAGCCAGAACCCAAGUCGGCUGACUUUUGGCAAAGGGUUGGACUGGUCACUCAUUGCACCAUGCAAACUUUCAUUGCUCAUUAUUGUUCAGGAAAUGUGUAAAUAAAACAUUUGUCCACUGCA